CUUGUGUUGGAAGCUCAGUUGCCUGUAGGCCGGCGGGUGGAGACGUGCGAGCCUGGCCAGGGUCGGAGCGACUGCGGCCUGCAUCCCGGUAAGACCAUGACUUGUGACAUUUCUUAAAUGAAGCAUUCAGGAAUAAAGUGAGAGAAUGUCAUUUUGAAAAUAGGUGAUUUUUAAGUUAUGUCUAUUAAUUUGACUGUAGAUCUGUGUAUUUACCUCCUUAGUAAUGCCAGAAGUUUCUGUGGGCAGCACAGACGCAAGCAGCUGCACUUCUUGUACUCACCUAAGCUUUACUGGAAGACCAGCUACGUCAGUCUACAAAGAGGUUUCCAUCCACACAAAAUAAGAUGUAAAUGGACCAAAAGUGAAACACGUGCUUGCAGUAAGCAGUAUUAUCCUCCAGGCAAACAUGAUUUACAUAUUGGAAUCUUGAAACUUAGUGCAUCUGCUCCCAAGGGACUUACGAAGGUGAGCAUUCGUAUGUCCCGUAUUAAAAGUACUUUGAACUCUGUUUCGAAGGCUGUUUUUGGCAAGCAGAAUGAAAUGAUUUCACGGUUAGCUCAAUUUAAGCCAAGUUCUCGGAUAUUCAGAAAAGUAUCAGAGAGUGGCUGGCUGAAAGAGGGACAUAUUAAACAAGCCAUCAGAUCCCUGAAAAAAUACAGUGACAAGUCAACAGAGAAAAGUUCCGUACCAGAAGACAAAGGUCACGUUCCCGAUAAGGAAGAGACCAGUAAACAGAGCCUUUUUCAUUACACGGGGACGAUAACCACGAAGUUUGGAGAGUCGUUCUACUUCUUAUCAAACCAUAUUAAUUCAUACUUCAAGCGGGAGGAAAAAAUGUCUCAAAACAAGGAAGACAGACAAAUGGAGGAAUCAGGACUUGAAGGUAAAAAGGUGGAAGAAGGGAAGUCCGGUUCCGUGGAUCCUGGCGCCCUGGUGGCUGAGGCAGGCCCCGAGUCUUCCCCGGGGACGGUGGACAAGGCUGCGAGUCCCAGCAGCGCGGCCGAGGCUCUUCCAGUUUCUACCAAACAGACUAUUGCUAACUUUCUUUCUCGCCCCACUGAAGGUGUACAAGCGUUAGUAGGUGGUUACAUUGGUGGGCUCGUCCCCAAAUUAAAGUAUGACUCGAAGAGUCAGGCCGAGGAUCAGGAGGAGCCUAAGGCUGAGUCCACUAGCAGCAGAGACAAAGCUGGCGAGGCGAAGAAGCACCUGUCUCUUCAACGGGAAAAGAUUAUUGCAAGGGUGAGUAUUGAUAACAGAACCCGAGCGUUGGUUCAGGCGCUGAGGAGAACAUCUGACCCAAAGCUCUGCAUCACAAGGGUGGAAGAGCUGACUUUCCAUCUUCUCGAAUUUCCUGAAGGAAAAGGAGUGGCUGUGAAGGAAAGAAUUAUUCCUUAUUUAUUGCGAAUGAGGCAAAUGAAGGAUGAAACUCUUCAGGCUGCAGUUAGAGAAAUUUUGGCCUUGAUUGGUUAUGUGGAUCCAGUGAAAGGCAGAGGGAUUCGAAUUCUUACAAUUGAUGGCGGAGGAACAAGGGGUGUGGUUGCUCUUCAGACGCUCAGAAAAUUAGUUGAACUUACUCAGAAGCCAGUUCAUCAGCUCUUUGAUUACAUCUGUGGUGUAAGCACAGGUGCCAUAUUAGCUUUCAUGUUAGGACUAUUCCACAUGCCACUGGACGAAUGCGAGGAACUUUAUCGGAAACUAGGAUCAGAUGUAUUUUCACAAAAUGUCAUCGUUGGAACAGUCAAAAUGAGCUGGAGCCAUGCAUUUUAUGACAGUCAGACAUGGGAAAAGAUUCUUAAGGAGAGAAUGGGAUCUGCACUAAUGAUUGAAACAGCAAGAAACCCCACGUGUCCUAAGGUAGCUGCCGUGAGCACCAUUGUAAACAGAGGAAUAACACCAAAAGCUUUUGUGUUCAGAAACUAUGGUCAUUUUCCUGGAAUCAAGUCUCAUUACUUGGGAGGCUGUCAGUACAAGAUGUGGCAGGCCAUCAGAGCCUCCUCCGCUGCCCCGGGCUACUUUGCAGAAUAUGCCCUGGGAAACGAUCUGCAUCAGGAUGGAGGUUUGCUUCUGAAUAACCCUUCGGCAUUGGCAAUGCACGAGUGUAAGUGCCUUUGGCCGGACGUCCCGCUGGAGUGCAUUGUUUCCCUGGGCACUGGCCGCUACGAGAGCGAUGUGAGGAACACUGCAACGUACACAAGCCUGAAAACUAAACUUUCUAAUGUCAUCAACAGUGCUACCGACACAGAAGAGGUCCAUAUAAUGCUGGAUGGUCUGUUGCCUCCUGACACCUACUUCAGAUUCAAUCCUGUCAUGUGUGAGAACAUACCUCUGGACGAAAGUCGAAAUGAAAAACUGGAUCAGUUGCAGCUGGAAGGCUCCAAGUACAUAGAAAGAAAUGAGCACAAAAUGAAAAAAGUUGCAAAAAUCCUGAGUCAAGAAAAAACAACCCUGCAGAAAAUCAACGAUUGGAUCAAAUUAAAAACUGACAUGUAUGAAGGCCUUCCAUUCUUUUCAAAAUUGUGAUGAGUGUACGCAUGACUUUUGACAAGUGAGGGCCCAUGCAGAAGAGCCACCUGACUGAGAGGCACUGUGCACUGCAGCGGCAGUCAGCUCGAGACGGUCACGACUUCCGGGGAGUUCUGGAAAAGAAGGUGCUUCACCCAGCUCUCACAGCACAGAGGCAGUGUUCACUUACAGAGCGUCUGUGGGAAUCAGGUUUUUAAGAUGUUAAUAAUGAAGCUUUAGUAAUUGUAUCAUUUGUCCUAGCUGGUUUUAGUAAAUACUGAUGUUACAGUGUUCCAUGUUUGAAAAAUUAAUAUAUGUGCCAAAUAAGAAACUGAAAAACUAUCACAUUAUGCUUUGUUGUUGUUGUUGGUUUUUGCUUAACUCAUCAUAAUCAUACAGGGUCAUGUGGCCAUGGAGUUUUUUUCACACGGAAAGCUGAUUUCUUCUUAAACUUCUGUCACUUGGCCUGGUUACACUCAACUCUCCACAGGCAGAAUUCUGUAAUAGCAUCUAGUUAAUUCCGAAAAAAUGAGAUUUUUCUCUAUGAAUGUACUUUUACAUUUGAAAUAUGGAAUAAACAAGAACAGUUUUUCUAUCCAAAAUUUGCUUAUCUCAACUUUGUUUGAUUAAAAAGAUAGGCCAAGUUACAGCCACCACUUUCUCCCCCGAUCUGUCAGGACAGUGCUGUGUGUGAACUUUUUCUGACCUGUCUUUAGUUUAUCAUUCAAUAUUACCAAAUUAAUUGUUUGAAUUUACUGAGAAAAUAUUCCUAUAAUUAACAGAAAUAAAAUAAUGGAAUAGUCUACUGUUAAAA